AUGGAUCGCAGUACGAUCAGUCUUCAUCGCGUGCCCUCCGACGUGCUAAAGCGGGAUUUGGAGCGCAAAGGAGGUAUUGCAUCUCCUGGUCAGCUAAAUUUCAGUACUUUUCUCAUGGACGAAGGUUCGUCACCGUUGCAGCCACAAAAUGGAACAAAACGCCCUCCACCGCCACCUCUUCCACCUUUAAGAGCACAAAGUGCGUCGCAUACUCCUCCACGCCGUAAAAAUGUACCUCGACUUAUCGCUGGAUACCGAGGCGGGUCGGAUGUAGACAUACCCGUGCUGGAAGCAGCUCGGGAGAGUAGUGGCUUUCGACUAGAUGGCCCAGAUCAGGUUGAAGUCGAAGUGAACUGUGACGGCGAAGGAGGAGCUGAAGCCAAGGUCGUGGUGGGCGAUUAUGACGCGGAGGAGGACGAUUACGUACCGGUUUUGCAGACGGCGGAGGAUGCACAACGAGCUCAUAGACAUAUGGGCAGUAAGAAGUUUUCGUGGAGAGCUUCAGCUAAAAGAGGAGUACCUUUAAACAAGGCGGUUCGCGUGCCAGAUCAAGAGACUUUGCUGAGUAUGUCAACCAGAGGUGCAGAUGUCAUGUCAAAUUAUUCGAGUAACAACUUGCACGGACUAAGGAGAAACUCGUCUUCUGUGCGUAUUGACCGAGAGUUGGUACGCAGUGGCUGGCUUUACAAGCAGGCGAACGUCAUGAAAACCUGGAAGCGACGAUAUUUCGUAUUGAUCAAGCGAACAAAUCUAGCAACAGGUGAGUACUGGGCUUCGCUGCAAUACUACAAAGGCAGCAAUUUCGGUAAGCUACGCGGAGAAAUGCAUUUGCAAGAUGGCAUGCUGUCCGUACGCUUUUUGGAACCGGAUGAGACCAAGCGACCGUUUUGUUUUGAAGUGGCUGGCGAAGAUUUUUCCUUUGUGUGCUCUGGAUCGAACGACGACGAUGCAAGCGCCUGGGUUUGUCUAUUGCAAAGUUUGUCUGGUGGUGGAAAUAGCACUAUAUCACCUUCUGCUGCCCUACUCAGCUCGGUCUCCAACAGUAAGUUACAACAUGUGGACGGCUUAAGCAGUGUUCGACUUCGCACUAGCACAAUCGAUGCACGGAGCAUUCGCAUCGUCGCGGAGCUGCGUCGGGUGCUUCACACAAGCAAGUCUCCGGAAGCGGUAACUUUUAAAAGUUUUAUUAGUUCAUUCGAUUGCCGGAACCCAGGUGCUCUUCGUGAGUUAAACGAGUUCAAUUUAAAACUAACCGAUUCUAUUGUAAAAGAUCACGGAGCUCGUAUCUUAGCAGCUUUGAAAGACCCUAGAAACGACGAUGUGAACGGUAUUGUUAAAGCUACGGAGAAAAAUUUGCCGAUUUCACUUGACAUAUUGCGCUCAGCUGUCUUUCGUCAUGUGGAGGAAGUACUUUUUGUACCUCUGCAAUCCAAAAUUAACUCUUUAUUGCGUCGGGUUUACCAUGAAGAAGAAUCGUCAAUCAAUCGCAAAGUGCGAUGGCUACAAGGUAAAGAUCAAAUGUAUUUCAAUAUUCCGCCUCACCAAGUCUCGUGGAAAGAAUGGCGUAAGGCAUCUAGGAUUCUUGCGCAGAUUGCUCAAGUCCAACUGCCAGCGGCAAAGUAUGACGUGCUCACGAGUACGAUGAAAGAAAUUCAAGCUUCUUAUGCCGAAGAGCACGGAACGAUUGAUAAUCUGGAGCGACUUGAACCUGACGAUAUAAUUCCCAUCUUCACCUAUGUACUGUCGAACAGCGGGCUUGAGAAUUUAAUAUCACUGAAGACCUUGCUGACGGAAUUAAAUGGAUCAUUAUCAGGAGGCGGAUCGUCUGACGAUGAAACUUCCCUUAGCAUUUUGACGCAUGCGGUCGACUUUAUCAGCAAUGUAAGCAUCCCAGCUGUCUUAGAGGAUAUAUUUAAGGACCAAAUUACGCUAUCAAUUGACGGGGACUGGCGGCGUGUUUUGGAAUUCGAGUUGGAAUCGACAUACCGCUAUGGGGCGGUCGUGGACCAUAUAUCGCCUCAGGGAUUCUCCGCUGUGGGGAAUAUCAUCACACGGGGGUUCGUUUUGGUCACGGUGAAUGGCCAAAAUGUUGUUUUAUGGCCAUUUCAAGAUAUUAUGACACUGCUUCUUGAAUCAGCUUCGCCUCAUCGACUUGCUUUCAUUCCAGGAAGUAGUUACUUUAAGAUUUUGACCUCAAACAAGGCAUUAUGGAACGUGGCACUGAUGCACGCGUGCCAGCGCGGUGAUGUAUUCAGCGUUCAAAUGUUGCUCGCAAAUGGCGCCGACGUAAAUUAUGUUGCUUAUGAGUGUGGAAGCAAUACACCACUUCAUGUUGCAGUUAGUGCGCUUCACUUAAAUGUAGUCUCGUAUGUGCUUCAGCAUGGUGCGAAGGUAAAGACGACUGGUGAGUUUCGGCGCAGUGCGCUGCAUAUGGCCGGAUCUCCUUGUAUGAUGCCUGCUAUCGGGAAUACGUCUCAAGACAUGACAAAAUCAGUUACUGUGACUUCAGUGACAUUAAGUAAUGCGGAUAAGGCUGCUUUGAUCGUCAAGAAACUAAUUGAUCAUGGAGCAACUAUGGACUGUGUAGACAUAUACGGUAACACUCCAAUCAUGCUGCUGGCAGAACGAGGCUAUCUUGGCGCAAUUGAUGCAAUCAUGGAGGCGGAUUGCAAUGUUGACCUCAAUGCUCGAAACUGGCAGCGUGGCAUGAGCGCUCUUGCGCUCGCAGCUAGAAGCGGCCAGGCAGAUGUAGUAGAAGGACUACUUAACUAUAAAGCACAAGCUGACAUCCGCACAUUGCGUGGCGAGACACCGCUCCAUUUCGCUGCAGCUAGCGCUAGUCAGCGUGCGUGCCAAUUACUGGUGGAAAAAAGUUGCAAUGUUGAUGCUCGCACAAGUGAAGGAUUGACACCACUUAUGAUUGCUGUGGCCAAAGAUUACGAUAUGGUCACAGACACUUCCUUUCUGCCGUCUCUGUCUUGUCAACUGGCUGACAAUUAUUACGAUAGUCAGAUGUAUCAGCAGUCCACAAUUAAUUUGCGAGGGAGUACCCCAGUCAAUAAUUCAUCGACCCUUUCAACAAUAACCUAUCUCAUUCAAAGUGGCGCAGAUACGUCAGCAGUCUGCAACGUUUACCGAACACCCUUGCACUAUGCCGCCUUGUACGGCUGUGACGAGAUAUUUGCGUGCUUGCUGGCAAAGCUCGGGGACAACACUAAGGCAGAUAGAUGCGAUUUGUACGGCCAAUCGGCAGUGUUUAUGUCGGAAGCUAUACGCUCAUCAGGUGCAAAUGCAAAUGAGAUUUUAUCGGGUGGCAACAGUACGACGACAAUCGAAGAAUUCUGUGGUGUUGGUGAGAAUGAUGAUGAUGACUCAGACGAUGAGUUUCUAGAUGUCGAACAUGCUGCUAUCCCCAUGUCAUUAACAGGGCGCAAAGACCUGGUUGGAUUGACUUCAAACAGAAAAGAUCUUGUCAUAGAAUAUAACAAUGGAGUUGAGGAAGUUGUCGCAGGAACGUUCGAUGCUAUUGCUGACCUGCUGAUGCGUUAUAAAAAUUACCGUCUCGAGGAGCUGAGUGCGCUUAUUUGGUCUUGCGCAUAUGCGUCUGACGGUGGCGGAGACAAAUUUCGUGAAAUGGUUGACAUUUUGCGAAGUCUGUGGCGACAGCAUUCAAUGGGGACAGACACUGGCAUUUUCGUGCGUCGAAUGGUGUUAAGCGCUCUGAAUAAGCUUGUAGAGAUACUAAAGCACAGCGUGGAAUGUGAUUUGCUGGUCUGCAAUUAUGUUGCUGAGCUAUGCAUGGAAGUAAUCCCACUUAAUACCGAAACUGUGGAAGAAGAUCCACAAUGUGCCCAAUGGAUUAGUACUUCCUUGCUGCCUGAAUUCACAGAUGCUUGUCAGUCAAACCGCGUUCAAGAAUUCCAGAUUCUUUCUUUUUGUGAGGGUGAUUACAAAUCGUUGAAGCACUUUAUUUGCAAAGCUAAGCAGGCGAACCCCAACCUUGACUUUUUGGAUGAUGAUUUGUUCGCUGCCGCGACGGGAAUGGAGAUAAUUACGGAAGGGAUGCGACGCCGAAUGUCUCUUGCCGGGGUGUGGAAAACUGGAGAGGCAAAAAAUUCAUUUGUUGUAAAACCGGAGGAUAACCUUGAGACUUUAGAAGAGACACGUUCGACAACUAUCACACCCUGGCAACCGAGAGGCGUGAGCGUUGGGCGCACGUUUGCAACAGAACAACAUCGAAUGGCUAGACUGUGGAUUCUGGAUAUAGACCCAAGCAUCAUCGCACAGCAGAUCACCCUGCUGCAGCAUUAUCUUUUUAGCAAAAUUAAAGUGUCCGAGGUGUUGGCAUCAAAGCGAAAUGCAGAAAAAACGCCAGGAUACCAGCGCCUUCGAUUAUUGCAUAACCAUAUCUCUAUUUGGGUAGUUAAUCAGGUUCUCAUGCGAGGUGAUGUGGACCAGCGUGCCGAGAUUCUGGCGUACUUCAUUCGCGUUGCUGGCGUAUUGCUCUCCCCUUUACAAAAUAUUGAUGGAUUUAUGGCGGUCAUGAAUGCAGCGAACGAUUCAUCAGUGUUUCGUUUAAAGAAGACGUGGGGUCGUCUUUCACCACAAGUGCGGGAUUUGUGGCAAGAACUUGUUCCACUCACUGAAAAGGGUGCUCGAUCUCUUAAUAAGUUUACGAAGGAAGCAAAUCCUCCAUUAAUUCCGUACAUUGGAGUUGUCAUUCAAAAUGUGCUCGCACUGCAAGAAUAUCCUGACCGCGUGGAGGGAGAUCUGAUCAACUUCAAAAAAAUCCGUUCCAUCGGCAUUCUCAUCCAGCGAAUGCUGUCGUAUCAGAAAACGCCGUACUUGUUGCCGACGGACAAACGUGUUUUGGAACAAAUCUGCUCAACAGUCGCUUUCUCAGACGGCGAAUCAAUGAUUUUGUUAUAUCUACUCGUGGAGUCACUUCUUGCUACGCACGACGUCUACCUUUGCAAGUUCGGGGCAAAUUUUAUCACAGCCAUCACUCCUGAUAUGUACAAUUUUUAA